AUUUAAGAAAGGAGUUACUGUGUAAAACCAAUUGCAAUCGGAUCAAACGGGACUUGCAGUGAAUCACAAAGUUCGUGUUCUUCUUCAUUAAUGGCGGCAGAAGAAAUUGAGCAACAUCCACAAGAUGGAGAAUGCUAUGGUGUUCUUUUGUAUUACAAAUAUGCUAUCUUCACCGACCUCGAACAACUCCUUAACUUCUACAGAUCAAACUGCGCGUCUCUCUCCCUCGUUGGCCGCGUCCGUCUUUCUACCCACGGCGUCAAUGUCACCGUUGGGGGAAAGUUGUCUGCUUUAGAGGAGCACAUUUCUGCAGUGAAGCUGAAUGAUUUUUUUGAAGGAACAGAUUUCAAGCUUGCAUCUUGUCAUGAACCUUUAAACGAUAGGGUUGCUAAAGAAUGUGGAUUCACUUCUCUCUCCAUCCGCAUAGUUGAGGAAUUGGUGACUUUGAGUUCCUUUCCGCUGCCAAAAUCUCUAGAUGUUUCAAAUGCAGGAGCACAUCUUUCUGCAGUUGAGUUCCACUCGGUUCUUUGUGAUGCAGGGAACCCAAAGGAGAAAAGAAAAAAUAGAACACUCCUGUUGGAUGCCAGGAACUUAUACGAGACAAGAAUUGGGAAGUUCUCUACCCCAAAUGUGGAGACUUUAGAUCCAGAAAUUAGGCAGUACAGUGACCUUCCGUCGUGGAUAGAUAAUAAUGCUGAGAAAUUGAAGGGAAAAAAUAUCCUUAUGUACUGUACUGGGGGGAUUAGAUGUGAGAUGGCUUCAGCCUAUAUUAAAACAAAAGGUGCUGGUUUUGAACAUGUAUUUCAGUUAUAUGGUGGGAUCCAGCGUUAUCUUGAACAGUAUCCUGAUGGGGGGUUUUUCAGAGGAAAGAAUUUUGUUUUUGAUCAUAGGGUUUCAGUUGGGAGCUCGGAUUCAAAAGUUUUGGGUACCUGUCUUCUCUGUAAUUCAUCAUUUGAUGAUUAUUCUUCUCGUAAUCGGUGCAAUUUCUGUAGAAUGCUUGUUUUAAUUUGCAAGAACUGUCAGAAUCCAAAAUCUAUGUAUGCAUGUGAACUAUGCCAAAAAAAUGGCAAGGCUGUUUACUCAGUUUUGGAUAUGAAAGCAGUAGAAAUAUCUGAAGCUGUUAAACCUGAAGCUUUUUCCACUUUGACUUCAACUGAAUGCUUGCCUAUUGUUGUACAACAAAAUGGUAAGGGACAAAGAUGCCCAGAAGACUGAGGAUUCUGUGCUUACAUGGCUUCCGCCAGAAUGCUUCAGGUUUUAAAGGAAGGUCCGCAUCAUUAGCCAAGAAACUUAAGAACAUUGCUGAACUAAUCUUCGUUGAUGCACCUCAUGUGUUACCAUUUAUAUACCAACUUCCUUCGCCAGACCAUAAACACAAUCUCACAUCAUCUUUUUUGUCUAACAAUGAUACCCCUCCACCUAUUAGUGGUUGCAAUAGAAAGUUUGCAUGGUUAGUUGCAAAUGACUACAUUCCAGAUAAUAACUCUGAUUGGAAAACAUCAGACUGUAAAUUUGAUUAUCUACAGUACGAAAAACAAACUGAGGGGUUAGACAAAUCACUCUCCUAUCUGAAAACUAAAUUUUCUGAAGAAGGGCCGUUUGAUGGGAUCUUGGGGUUCUCACAAGGAGCUGCAAUGGCCGCUUUACUUUGUGCAAACAAGGAUAAGUUAAAAGGAGAGGUAGAUUUCAGGUUUGCGAUCUUGUGCUCUGGAUUUGCUGUCAAUAAAGAUGGUGACUGUCAGCAGGGUUCAAUAAACUGUCCUUCACUUCACAUAUUCGGGAAUGAAAAAGGGUGCGACAGGCAGAUAGAGAACCAAGCCAGUAAACAACUUGCUUCCAUGUUUGAUGAGGGUUGCUCUGUUGUCAUAGAGCACGAUUUUGGUCACAUAAUUCCUACACGAUCUCCAUUUAUUGACCAAAUCAAAGACUUUCUUCACUGCUUUCUGUAAUUUUCACAUUUGCCCCGCCAAUGAUUGAGACAAUGUUGAAGAAGUUGUGAGAGCGUCUAAAAAUGAAUUAGUAUGACAGAUUUUUUUAUUAAGCUUUAGGUGUAUUUCUACAAUGCUCAAUGUUAUUUGAUGGUGACAAAGACAAUCCUGAAUUACUCGUUUAGCCCGUAUUUGUGUCAUUGUGUGAUGAUGAGUAAUAUAUUAUUAGCCUCAUUCUCGUUUUGUAGUUAUGCAUCUAAAUUGCUCCAACAAUGACC